CGCCCGCCCAAUACUACGCUCUACGCUACCGCGCGGGAAACAACUCCAAUCGUACUCUAACUUUUCAUCAGUCUAUAAUAGUGAUAAUUUAUUAAGGGUUUGGGUAAUGUUAUCAAGAUGAUGUCACUACCGCUAAUCGUAUCACUGUCUAUCACACUCGUCUCAGCUCUACCUGCAGCAGUCUUGGUCGAUGAAGAUUAUCCUUUAACAGUAGAUCCUAGAAAUUUACAAGAGAACUACAUAGUUCCACAGAAGAGGGCGGCAUUAGUACUCGACAGGCUUCUGGUAGCAUUGCAGAAAGCACUAAGGGAAACUCCUACAUCACGAUUUGAUCCUGAGCGCGAUGGACCACGAACGGCACCAUUGAGAUUGCCACAUUAUGAUGCAAACGAUAUGACCGGUCUUCAGCGCCGAGGCCAAGGCAACAACCGCGGUCGAGUCCUCAGAUGUUAUUUUAACGCAAUAACUUGCUUCUAACAGUAAUUAUACGUAUCAUCUUCAAUACCACAUCAUGAAUAUCAUUCACAUUAUUAAUUAAUCUUUACGUCUAAUAAAAUAUUUUUAUAAUAGCUAUUUACGAUAGUUCAAUGUAAUGCGCUCUUUUGUACUACGGUUUAAUUUGGUUAACAAAUUGUAUUGUAUGUAGAUUUAAAAGAUGAAAUGGAUAAGGCUUUGUGUUGUCACUAUCAAAUCAUGUAAUUGAACAUCAAAUAGUUUGAAAUAUUGUAAUAUGUAUGGUAAAAUGACCAAGCCAAUAUGUAGAAAAAUAAAUAAAUAAUUCGUUCAAUUAGUGUCAAAAAACAUGUCCUUUAAAAAUAUAAUAUAAAAUAUUUACACACCUGGGACCGUGACUUUGGUUUCCUUCUAUAUAUUUUUAUUUAUAUUUGUUACUCUGUGCUUCGAGUAUCUGAAAAAAAAUAUGAUCAUUUAAUCAGGUAAUAUUUUUCAAGAUUACGAAAAUGCAACAAAAAUGUGGAUGGUGUUUGAUUUUU